CGCCCUCGAGGCCCCCUUCCCCACGUGGGCGCCCCGCGCCGCCGCACCUGGGCGAGGCCGCGGGCCGGCUCACCUGCGCGCGCGAGCUCGGGGAGCGGCGGGAGGGGGCGGUGUCCCCUUCCCGCGACUGCUUUGUUGUUUCCCUGACCUCGGCCCCGCGUCCGGCCGAGGAGGGCGGGCGGGGAGGCCGGUGGCUGUGGCGGUCGCCGGCGAGCCACUCGGUGACUCUGCUGAAAAGUCCAGUCGCGCCCUCCUCCCGGACUCCCAGCGCCGGCCAGCUGUCCGGGGAUUCCCGGCGGGCGACGCCUGUCGGAGUGGCUCGCCUCCAGGGCUGUGCCCACGGGGGCUCCGCUGCCUCGGGCAGCGUCUUGUAACAGUUUAACGCGCUUUCCCGGUCGGACUGGCCCUGAGUCGUAGAGUCACCGUGUUAGUGGUUCCGCUUCGCACCUUGACGGUGCCGAUGACCCGCGCGGCAGUAGAAAGUGACUUGCCCAAGGUCACGCAGUGUAAUGUUCAAGCUCAGAAAUGCCUUAUGUAGAUCGUCAGAAUCGCAUUUGUGGUUUCCUAGACAUUGAAGAAAAUGAAAAUAGUGGGAAAUUUCUUCGAAGGUACUUCAUCCUGGAUACCAGAGAAGACAGUUUUGUGUGGUACAUGGAUAAUCCACAGAAUCUCCCUUCUGGAUCGUCUCGUGUUGGAGCCAUUAAACUUACCUACAUUUCAAAGGUUAGCGAUGCAACUAAGCUAAGACCAAAGGCUGAGUUCUGUUUUGUUAUGAACGCAGGGAUGAGGAAAUACUUCCUACAGGCUAAUGAUCAGCAAGACCUAGUAGAAUGGGUCAAUGUGUUGAACAAAGCUAUAAAAAUUACAGUACCAAAGCAGUCAGACUCGCAGCCUCAUUCUGACAACCUGAGUCGCCAGGGAGAAUGCGGGAAGAAGCAGGUGUCCUACAGGACCGACAUCGUCGGCGGCGUGCCCAUCAUCACUCCGACUCAGAAAGAAGAAGUAAACGACUGUGGCGAAGGCAUUGACAGAAACCAUCUGAAGCGGUCGCAAAGCCAUCUCCCUUACUUUGCCCCGAAGCCCCCGGCAGACAGCGCAGUGAUCAAAGCCGGCUACUGUGUGAAGCAAGGAGCCGUGAUGAAAAACUGGAAGAGAAGAUAUUUUCAAUUGGAUGAAAACACAAUAGGCUACUUCAAAUCUGAACUGGAAAAGGAACCUCUUCGUGUAAUACCACUCAAAGAGGUUCACAAAGUUCAGGAAUGUAAGCAGAGUGACAUAAUGAUGAGGGACAACCUCUUUGAAAUUGUAACGUCGUCCCGAACUUUCUACGUGCAGGCUGACAGCCCCGAGGAGAUGCACAGCUGGAUUAAAGCUGUCUCUGGAGCCAUUGUCGCGCAGCGGGGACCCGGCCGGUCGGCGUCUUCUAUGCGGCAGGCCAGAAGGCUGUCGAACCCUUGUAUACAGAGGAGCAUUCCGCCGGCCCCGAGUCCAGGCACGCCUGCCGCCCCGCCGGGGCCGCAGCCGCCCCCUCACAUUCCGCAGCCUCUCGCAGCCACUCUUUGGUCUCAAGCUUUGCCGUGGAGAAGCGAGGAUUUUACGAAUCUCUUGCCAAGGUCAAGCCAGGGAACUUCAAGGUCCAGACUGUCUCUGCAAGAGAACCAGCUUCCAAAGUGACCGAACAAGCGCUGCUGAAACCCCAAAGUGCAAACGGCCCUCAGGAAAAAGACGGCGGCCCGGUGGACUUGGACGACGCCAGCCUCCCCGUCAGCGACGUGUGAGGCGGGCAUGCGCGCGGAGCCCGGCCUGCCUCGUCCCCUCAGCGUCCUUUCCUGAGGUCUCUAGCCAAAGAUGACAAAGGGGGGCGCGCUUUCAGUGCGUGCGCUGCACCGCCCCGGAGACGCGCUCUCCCCGAGCUGGGAAACCAAGGAUUUGGGCAGUGGCCAAACUUUUAGUAAGCAGCCUCUUCGGGAAAGAAAGGAGAGAAAUCUAAGUGUCUUCGUAUCAAUUGUCUGAAGUGUUGUGUGUCCUCAUUUGGGUGAUAAAAAUGUUUGUGUGAUGUUUUUUCCUAAUCAAUUUGACAAUUUAAAUGUUGAUCAAUUUAAAACAUUAAAAGUGCUUAUUAUCUUGUCAUUUUUAAAAUGCUACUAUGACUCCUAUUAGAUGGUUGAUAUUUACACAUUCUUACUGGUUGAUAUUAUUGAAUGAAAUAUUACCAGUCUAAGACCCCGGAACUCAUGAUGUCUGUGGUGCUGUAAAAUUUAUACUACAGUGUGGACUGUUUUAUCCAAAAACCAUUUUCGAUGCCCCGGAUCGCAGGGCGAGCGAGUGGGAAGCUUUGUGUGGAGGAUAGUACUGGACCGUUGCGGAGGGCUGUGGGUUGCACCGAGGUGGAGAAAAAGGGGAAAUCAAGGUUCAAACAACUGCAUUUUGGACAUUUGUUUGAAAAGGUUAAAUACUGAAGACUUGCAGUGGCUAUUGCUUUAUUCAGUGAAAAUUACUUGGUGUGAAGUUUCUGGGAAAUCUGAUUUUCUUACGAAAGUUUUGUACAUAGUUCUUAUUUCUAUAUUUGGAUCGGUGAGGGACCUCAAGUUUGUAUGUAAAGGCACACUUCCCUUCCUCCUGCGACUGUGGCCUCUACUUCUUGUCACUCACAACCUGUAUUCAAGUGCCUGUGUUUUUCAUUCUGUCAGAUGUGCUCAGAAGUCCGCCAUGAUGGGUUUCAACGUUGGGGUGAAGUUCAUUUUCAGCAGGGGGUUGAAUGUGUGAGAGAAGGCCUCACUUGAUGUUAGAAUGCUGGUAUUGCACUGCCUGUGCACAUUUAUGGUUUAGAACACAAAUUUGAGAACAGAUUUAAUCACAGGGAAUCGUCAGUAUAAGCACCUCUCUAAAAAAAUCCUUCGUUUGAGAUGUCGAAUAACAGACCAAUUGGAGCAAUCACCGUUGUUGUGGUGCGGUCUUAAACAUGGGCUUUAAGAAAGUAGUCUUGGAUUCCACAUGCUGCUAUUUUUAUGAUACUGUACCAUUGUACUGUCCCGUGUUGUUUUGAAUUCAUGCAUGUCACGUGUCUCCCUUCCCUUGCUGAGACGAGUUCCCGUCUGAGAGCGAGAGCGAGCGGGUUUCCCGCUGCAGUGGUGGCCCCCCCCCCCCCCCAGGCCGCCCUCUCCACGCGGGGGGCCUCCCAGCAUCCGCGGCAGCCCCGGCGCCUGAGGGGCCCGCCGCUCCGCUCCUUCAUUCAUAAGCUAGUGUUCCCGAAAGUUGUACUUAGGGUUUCCUUCCUUGCAGCCACAUUUGAAAAUGAUAGGAUGAAGAGAUUUUAAGUAAUUAUCACUUUUUAUUCAUUAUCAUGGCUCUUGACAGUUCCUUCUUCAUGCGCACGCCCGAGAAACCCUGUGCGGGCGGUGCACGGCCUUCAGGAGCCCCCGCCGCUCUCCGGGGCACAGCUUCCCCGGUGCGCGUCUGUGCCCGCGGGCCCUGGCCUUGGUGGGCCCCGGCCUUGGCGGGCUGGCGUAUCUCAUAGCGGCAAAGCACUGUCUCUGUUUGGGGACUUUUGUGGAACUGCCCUUGUAUUCACUAGCAUAGGAAAGUAUUCUUGUGAUUUGGGGGGUCUUCUGAUAUUUAUCUCAAUACUUUUGUAAUUCUAUGAAAAUUAUUUAAUUAUUUUAAAACGUAUACUUUUCUUGUAAAUAUGUCACAUCUGAAUUGUCAAAAAUUACUUUGAAUCCCUUACUGUUUGCUGCCUUUUCCCCCCUGUACAUACGACACGUUUUCUCUCGGAAUGGAAAUACACGUGUGCUUCCCAUCGUUUACUUCCGCAUCUGUCGUCUCCAUGUGUCCGACUGGUGGAACACUGUAAUGACUUGAGAAUAAACCGCUCAGAAUGAAUUC